AUGAUCAGAUAUUUGGCAUUAGAAGAGGAGUUUUGGAAACAAAAAGCAGGGAUGCUAUGGUUCAAGGAUGGGGAUAGAAAUACUAAGUUCUUUCAUGUUCAAGUGAAAGGCAGAAGGAAAAAGUUACAGCUGAAAAGGAUCAAGGACAAUAUGGAUAACUGGAUAGAAGAUGAUGAACAAAUUGCAGAAGAAGCUAUCAGAUUCUAUAAGGAUCAAUUCACUGAGACAAUAGUUCCUAAUAAUUUCCACAUCAUGGAGCAUGUACCAAGACUGGUCGAAAGAGAACAGAAUGAAAAUUUGAUAGCAACACCUACAAGGGAAGAAGUGAAGAGGGCAGUAUAUGGUUUAAAUACAGACUCAGCAGGUGGUCCAGAUGGAUAUACUGGAGCUUUCUACCAUGCUUGUUGGGAUAUAAUAGGAGAGGAUGUUUAUGCAAUGGUCCUAGCCUUUUUCAAUGGUCAGCAAUUGCCAAAGGUGAUUCAUGAAAGAUUGGUGGAGCUACUGCCUAAUUUGAUCUCAGAGGAACAAGCAGGCUUUGUAAAGGGAAGGAGUAUAGUUGAAAAUGUGUUACUAACUCAAGAGAUUAUUACUGAUAUGAGGCUCAGAACAAAAGCAGGUCCUAAUGUAGUAAUCAAUCUAGAUAUGACAAAGGCCUAUGACAGGCUUUCAUGGCUAUUUCUGACCAAAAUGCUGAGAAAGUUUGGCUUUUGUGAAAGGUUCAUUGGGAUGGUUUAUGACUUGGUAGGGAAUAACUGGUAUUCUGUCCUUGUCAAUGGGCAAUCUCAUGGCUUCUUCAAAUCAUCGAGGGGUGUCAAGCAGGGAGAUCCACUAUCACCAACUCUAUUUAUUUUAGCUGCUGAAGCUCUAUCAAGAGGACUGAAUUCACUGCACUCCAAUCUAUAUUUCUGUGGAUUUGGUCUUCCUAAAUGGAGUCCCAAGAUCAAACAUUUGGCAUAUGCAGAUGAUACCAUCAUUUUUUCUUCCUCAGAUGCUACAUCAUUAAGGUUAAUGAUGGAAAUUCUAUACUUGUAUGAGGCUGCUUCUGGCCAGCUAGUAAACAAAAGCAAGUCUGCCAUUUACAUGCACCAUUUAGUAGACUUGGAGGUAGUCAGGAAGGUGGAGAGGGUAACAGGGGUUGGAAGGCAACACAAAAUCUUUGCUCAGUUCUUUUGGAGUAGCUAUGUUCGAGGAUCAAGUAGACAUUGGGCUUCAUGGAACACUCUUUGUAUGCCAUGUGAGGAAGGAGGAAUUGGAUUCAGAUCAUUACAUGAUGCAUCAAAGGCUCUCUUUUGCAAACUAUGGUGGAACUUUAGGACUAAGCCUAGCCUUUGGAGUUCAUUUGUGAGCCAAAAGUAUUGCAAAAAACUGAAUGCAGUAGUUGUGCCUUGGAGGAGGAAUGGAUCCCAUGAGUGGAGGAAAAUGUUAAAAUGUAGGGAAUUGAUUGAGCAUCAGAUUUUUUGGAGAACAAAAAUGGGAUUUGCACUUUUCUGGUAUGAUAAUUGGACUGAACUAGGAGCUUUGUAUUUUUUAGUUCCUCCUGAUUUUGGUGUGGAUGAAGAAGUAAACAAUGUGUAUGAAUUGGUGGAUAAGGGAUCUUGGAAUGUAGAUAGAUUGAUGGAGCUGCUACCUGAAGAAUUGGCAUUGCAUAUAGUUGAAAAAAUUAGACCUCCUGUACUGGAUAAUGUCCUGGACACUCCAGUGUGGAUGCUUGAAACUAAAGGCCAUUUCUCUGUAAAGUCAGCAUGGGAAUAUCUUAGAAGAAGGGAUAAUCCUAGAAUAGCUUAUAGGAUGAUUUGGGUACAAGGAUUCCCGUUCAAAAUUUCAUUCUUUAUGCGGAAAGUAUGGAGAGCAAAACUGCCCCUUGAUGAUUUCAUGCGUAGGUUGGGAUAUCAUAUGCCAUCGAGGUGUUGGUGUUGUGCUGAGCCAAAGGAGGAAACUUUAGUGCACCUCUUCUUCACAUCAAAAGCUGCAACAAUGAUGUGGAAGUAA